AACACGUUCCUCCUCACUUACUAUUUACAGAUAAAUACUACAUGCUAGUGAAGUUCUCUGCAUGUUGUCCAAUAAUUAACUUGUGGACUGAUAGCACAGAAAGAAAAGGAAAUGAGUGGGUGGAAGAGAAGAAAACCAAGUGAGUGAAGGUCAGAAACAUGAGCUAAAGUAAAAUCAGCAAAGAAAAAGGAAGGACACUGACUCAGCAGAAGCACUCUGAGGGGGAAAGAGGAAGAAGAAAGCCGUGACAGUGCGCGGUUGUGAACUGAGUGGCUUUUUUGUUGUUUUUCUCUUACGGUGGGGAAAAUGUACUCUGUGGAGGACACACAGGUGGCCAGGGACGUUGAGCUGAAUGACGGCUCUCGAAUGCCACUGCUGGGUCUUGGGACAUGGAAGUCGUCUCAUCUGUCCCCGACCUCGAUCCAGGGUGCAGUAGAGACUGGCAUCGCGGCUGGAUACCGCCACAUAGAUACUGCCUACAGUUAUCAAAACGAGGUGGACAUUGGAAAGGCUCUGCGCUCCAAGAUGCAGCAGGGCAUCAUCCGACGUGAAGAUAUGUUUAUUGUCAGCAAGCUGUGGUGUACCCAUCAUGCCCCAGAAGACAUCCCUGUGUGCCUCAAUAAGUCUCUAAGUGAUCUCCAACUGGACUACCUGGAUCUUUAUCUUGUGCAUUUCCCUGUUGGCCUAAAGAAAAUGGGUGAUGAGCUUUUCCCAAGGAAGGAUGGAAAGAUGGUGACCUCUGACGUAGACUACGUAGAUGUGUGGAGGGGGAUGGAAGCAUUGCAAGCCUCGGGGAAAGUAAAGAGCAUCGGCGUGUCCAACUUCAGCAUCCUGCAGCUGGAGAGACUCCUCGCUCUGUGCAGGGUUCCCCCUGCGGUCAAUCAGGUGGAGCUACAUCCUUACCUGAUCCAGACAGAUAUGAUGGAGUUCUGCAAAUCCAAGAACAUUGCCUUGACAGCCUACAGCCCCUUCGGUUCACCUGGGAGACCCUCAGAACUGUUAAGAGAAGACACAGAUCCAUAUAAGCUGCUGGAGGACCCAGUCAUUGCUGAUAUCGCCAAGAAGCACAAACGCAGUCCUGCACAGGUCCUGCUGAGGUACCACGUGCAGCAGGGUGUUGCAGUCAUCCCCAAGAGUGAAAAGCCUCACCACAUCCUUGAAAACACAAAGAUCUUUGACUUCAGUCUGACUGAAGAAGACAUGAGUGCUCUGAAGGGACUGAACCGAGGGUGGAAGGCCUGUGAAAUUGAAGAAAUCAAGUCUCACCCGUACUACCCCUUCACCUGAGAGAGAAGACGCCACAACGACCAGCGCUGGAG